AUGGCCGAGAUGCGUGAGGCCAGAGAGCUCGGGGUCUUUAUCGCGCAUCACGAGAGCCGCUGCCGCGCUCAGAGGGGAGGUUUACGCGGCUUUGAAGCUAAAAACAGUGUCAAUAAUCAACCAACAAUUGAUUUCGCUGUUAAUGCAAGUGCUCGACCAAUGACCCGGCCAGAGCGUCGUCCAGUCCACGAAGCCUUUGUCUCGGGCGGCCGUUGUAGCCAAGGCAUUGUUCUCCUUCCCCCUGUUCCCGACGACCAUUUAGCCAGCAUCGUCUCGCCCAGUCGGCGUCCUCGUUUAGCAGCCUGCAUUUCUUGUUUCCGAGCGGAUGGAAGCGGCAUGCCCAGUAGUGGGUGGUUGGCUGCUCUCACCAGGCACUUCACCCGCACGCCUUCGGUACCCCGCGCCCACGCACAUACCCGAGAGUGUGGGCGGGCUGGAGGUAACGGUAUUGCUAUUGUGUCAUCUCAGAAUGCCUCCCCAACCCCCCCGAGUCGCCCCACGACACCCUGGAACCUUGAGACCCUCGACGACGAGAUCCAGCGGGCAGCAGGAGACGAAGAAGACCUGCAGGAGUCGGAAGAAGCUGCCCCCCGUGCCGGCUCCUCCUCAUCGCGCCGCAGAGAAUCUCCUUCAGCAAUGAGCGCGGCGGCAGGCCCUCAGCGGCGGGGUUCCUACUCCCGCCCGACCUCCGCCUCCUCCCGGCCGCCCUCCUCGGCCUCGCGCCCCACCUCGGCCCCUUCACGUCCUUCGUCCUCCGCAGCCUCACGGCCAACCUCUGCGGCCUCCAGGCUCUCCGCGCCCGCCCACCCGCUGCUUCGGUCGCAGACGCAGGCGGAGACGGCGGCAGGGUCCGGCCCGUCCACGCCCCUGCCCGCUCAGUACAACGAGCGACCUCUCGCCACUGGCCUCGGCAAAGGGCUUCACGGACAUUUCUUAUCCGAUUACUUCUCGGGCUGCUUCACUUGCUUGUCUUUGUCUUUCGUGGACGACCCCGGAGACUACCAUGCCUUCCUGUACGACCUGGACGCCCGCGGUCACUACUUCAUCCCGCCCGUCAUCCCGCCGCUGUAUGACCGCCCCGUGGCCGCCCCCACGCCCAUGUCCACGAGGUGCAACACGCCCGUGUGGGACCUCGACGGGGAGAAGAGAGUCAGAUUCCUGGAGCCGGAGGUGGGCGGUGGGAUGAAACUCGGUCUUGCUUUGAGAUUUAGUGGAAUGCUGGGUGCACUGCAACUGCAUCACCAAGCCAUAUUUAGUAUAUAUUGUACAGUGUACAGCAGUAUACACCAUGGUAAACUUACCUCUAUGAACCCUAUUGAUAGUGUGGAUAUACAUCUAAUGACGGUUGUGGUGGUGGGUGACACCCCCUCCCGCCCCCCCAGCGUCACCUCGCAGUACUCGCAGGUCCUCAAGAACUCCACGCGCUUCUUAUUCCAACCCUCGCAGGCGCUGACGGGCGACCCGGGCGGCCACAACCCCCGCUACUGCAACUGCCCGUGCCACUUCUUCCCGUCGGGGCGCAAGAGCGUGGGGAUUCAGGUCAAGCGGACGGACCCGGAGCCGCCCCGCCCACGCCACUACCGGCUCUUCUUCACGCCCACGAUGAGGGGCCUCGAGCAGGUCAACUUCGGUACAAAAUCGGUCAGCUUGGCCACGAGGGCGAUUUUCUCCCAGGUGGGGCUGGCGGUGCUGGUGGUGGCGUGGUGGGUGGCGGGCGCGGCCAUCUUCUCCAGCGUGGAGGGCGCAGCGGAGAGCAAGACCGUGGACAGGAUGGCCGCCCUGCGCACGGACCUGGUGCUGGGGCUGGCCACGGAGCUGCGCCAGGUGCUGCCCUACGACCUGGUGUGGAGGACCAAGAUCGAGACGUACAUGGGGCGGCUGGAGAAUGCGGUGCUGGACGCGGCGCGGGCGGGCUACGCUUCCAGGGCCCCGACGUGGACGAUGUCGGGGGCGCUGCUGUAUUCCGCCUCGCUCACCACGCUCGUCGGUCCUGGCGGCAUGACCCUCAGGACAGGCUUCAGCAGAAUCUUCGCCGUCCUGUUUUCACUCGUGGGCGCUCCUCUCGUCCUUCUCCUGGCGAUCAGCGGGGCCUUCACCCUCCGUGAGGGCGUGGGCAAGGCGUGGGCGUGGCGUUGCGGGCGGGGGCGGCAGAGCCGGGUGUCCGACGGCCGCGGCCAGGAGGAGCGGCGCGCGGAGCAGUACGGGAGCGGCAGGGGCGGGUCGGCGACCAGCACCCUCAACCUGGCCUCCGCGCGCCCGCACUCGUCCUCCAACCCCGGCCCGUCUGCGGCGGACGCGGGCCCCGACACGCCCAACGGGCCUGGCGAACUCCCCGGCUCCACAGUGCCAGGAAACAGUGCCAAAGUAAGAGGGAUGGCAGAGACGUCUCGCGUUCCGGUCCUGGACUCCACGCUGCGCUCAUCCACUUCCUCAGGCCUCACGGCGCAAGACACGGACGCCAGCAGCGAGUCCGGAGCCAUCACCGCCGCUCCAACGACGUCCGCAGGGCGUCCCUCGGAGCAGCGCCUCGGAGUCGGCGCGACCGACGCGGUCCCUCGGCGGCCCAAACAGGUCUACUACCCAUACCCGGCGCCGCCGCGACGCUCCAAGACGGCCCCGUGGGUGGUGUACCUGGUCAUCCUCCUGGUGUACCUCCUGCUGGGCUUCGCCAUCUUCGCCCCGAUCCAGCGCUGGAGCCUCCCGUCCGCCCUCUACAUCCUGUCCGGCACGCUGCUCACCCUCGACCACGAGUGCCUGGGCGAGAGGCAGACGCUGGGCUCCAGCAAGAUCAUCGUACCUUACGUGCUGUACAUGCUGCUGGGCAUCGUGCUCGCCACCAGCCUCGUGAUGAGCGUGUGGUCCUCGCUGUGCGCCUCGCUCGUCAACACCGGCAAGUACCUGGCCGUCGUGAGGCCCACCGCUAGAUAACACCUCCCGAGGGAACCUGGUGUCACCUAGGCUCAGGUCUGUAGGUUUUGUAAGAUUUUUUCAGAAGAUCGUUUAUA